CUGAGAAGAAUCCUCGCCGAUGGGACACGAUGAUACCUCAUGUUAGGUUUGCUAUCAAUUCUUCAGUUAACAGGUCGGUAAAUAACCAACCCUUAUAUUUGAUGCUUGGACAAUCUAUACAUUAUCCAGUUGGAUUAACAAACAAAUUAACUGUAAAUAAACCUGCUAAUGAAAGAUUUGCAAAGUUAAUUCAGGCACGUGAUGCAGCUGUACUUGCAAGUAAACAAUGUAGAGAAUAUAACAAAGAUUACGUUGCAAGGAAGUCUAUACCUGCUACUGAUUUGGAUGUUGGUAGUCUAAUUUUACGAAAAAGUCCUCCUCAGAAAGCCACUGGUCUGACGGCACGCUGGACAGGUCCCUUAAGGAUCACAAAGCGCACUGGACCUGUGACUUAUCUGGUGAAAGACCUGGUAAAGAACAGUGUUUAUCGACUUCAUCGUAAUGAUAUGCUGCCCUACGAGGCACAAGACGAACUGGAGAUAGUGAGUCCAGAUGGUGUUCUUGCAGAACACUCUCCUGAUGAUCCGUUAAGUGUUAUGAUGUUAUCUCUUGUGAGAAGAUUUACACGCUAUCUGCAUGGUCUGUUCCUGCCGCUGUCCUGAUGAGUUGUUCUGAUCAAUGAAACCAAGUGGAUCUGAUGCUGUUUGCUGCUGUCAUCCCAGUGGAUUGAAUGUCAUGACUUGUUGCAGCCCUGUUCCAGCAUCCGACC